AUGCCUACCGGUGCGAGUUCUUUGCCUUAUCUUUGCUAUGCCUUUCAUACCAGCGUCGGCUUGGCAGAGCUCAUGCACGUGGGCUUGGCGUUGUACCUGGGGGUAACAGGCUCCAGCCAUAUCGGCUUAGAUACCAAGGCCGACAUUGCUGAUAUCAAGGCAGUUAUGCCCACUUGUUGCAAAAUCCAGCGAGGGCUUGUUAUCUACAUAUGCUUCUUCAAAGGCGCUGAUGAGGAUCUUGUUCCAAAAAUUGUCAAUAUGCUGUUGAAUGUUAAAUUAAGUGAAAAUGAAAGCGGCGAGUAUGUUUCUGUUCUUGAUUUACCAGGCAAUGUGCUAAUCAUACCACAAGCUACCCUAGGUGGUAAACCAAAGGGAAGAAAGAUGCAGUACCAUGCAAACAUUGAAAAAGAAAAAGGGCUGGAACUUUAUUCUCAGUUUGUGACUUUGUGUGAAGAAGAACUGGCUGCCAAUGCCAAAUGCUUGGAAGCAGGUGUUCUCGUCAAGCAUGGCACAUACGGAAACAGGCAGGUGUUAAAACUGGAUACAAACGGACCUUACACUCAUCUCAUUGAAUUUUGAAAAAACAAGUGAUAUC